AUGGCGAUUCGGCAUCUGAUUCUUCUCUCCCGCCAGGGCAAGGUGCGCCUCGCCAAAUGGUUCACCACUCUGUCGCCAAAGGAAAAGGCCAAGAUUGUCAAGGACGUCUGCCAGCUGGUGCUUCCCCGACGAACCCGCAUGUGCAAUUUUCUGGAAUAUAAAGAUACGAAGAUUGUUUAUCGUCGCUACGCCUCACUCUUCUUCAUUGCUGGCUGUGAUGCCGACGACAAUGAGCUUAUUACGCUCGAAAUCAUCCACCGAUACGUCGAGCAGAUGGACAAAUACUAUGGCAACGUCUCCGAACUUGAUAUUAUUUUUUCAUUCACCAAGGCAUACUACGUUCUCGACGAACUGCUGCUCGCGGGCGAGCUGCAAGAGAGCAGCAAAAAGAACGUGCUGCGGUGUAUAGGACAGCAGGAUUCGUUAGAGGAUAUGGAGGUCGAGGACGAAGUGGCCCGACUGAUGUAG